GCUACACAAUUAACAGCCGAAACUAAAAGGACUACUUAAAAUACCUGGGAUACCUGCGGCACAUUAUUAUUCAUAAAGUGAGGAAUGUAUAUUAUAAGCAAAUAAUCAGAGACUGAAGUCGAUCUGUAACGGCUGUCGGUUGGAGUUUUUAGUUUAUGACAAGCAUGAAAGUUUAUAUGUAUUUCCCUACCCGCACGAAUGCUAGACCCGCACCGUCGCACACAGUUCUCUGCAUUCUAUUCAAUUAAUCGCAUGUGAUAUCUGAUGCCUAGUAAUAACACGGGAGAGCUAGGGAAGAUGGUGAUCGUGCGAUGUGUCCCCAGCCAGUACAGGCCAUGAGCGCGGAGUUUUACCUGGGGUCCAACAGCGACUCCGACACGCACAGUGACCACACAGGUAGAUUAGCUGGGGACGCAAGUGGUGACCAACAAGACGACGGACAAUUAUUACAACAUGGGAGUGGUCAAAUUGGUCUGAAGGCUGUCAUAAACCCAUUAAACGCUGGAGGGAUCGGCAGUCUAGGAUCUAUAUGGUAUGAGGAGAGGCGCGGACGCACCGUCGGGAAAGGAAGAAGUCUCAGUAGCGACACGUUGCUUAGCCAAAAGGCCAACUACGUCAAUGUUGACAUGAGAGAGUCGGUGCUUAUAGCAAACGCGCAGCGUCACUUCUAUCGGACUACCUCAACACAAGAGGGACAACAACGCUCGUACGCUGGUUACAAUGACAGGUUACUCAUACCACAGAACGGUCUCACAGUGGAAGACAGUAAUGUUCUCAUGCUAGUAGAUCACACAGGUGUUAGAAAAAGUGCAGAGAUAAAAACCACAGAGACACCAGGGUCUCAGCGCCCAUUUGAAACCCAUAUGGGGGCCCAGAGUCAACACCGUGACCGGCCGUUAAGCGACAACAUGAGUAAAUGGGGAAAUGGACACCGGUAUAGCGGGGCAGUUAAUAGCCAUUGGUCAGGGCACUCUGAUCCCAGUGACCGGGGUAGCAGCAGUGGAGAAAGGAAUGGCAUCAGUUAUACACUCGGGAAAGGAGCAAAUCUACCAAGAAACUGGACUAGUCCAGAGUUCAGCACACUGGACAGUCCUAGGACUGAUUACAGCCAGUCUGGUGUUAAUGUACUGUCAGAGAACAUGAGUGAGAUCGGGUCUCCCUGGUCAUCGAGGGGGAGACCACGCAAUGACCCACAAAUGACACUUGACGUCCACACUGAAAGGCACUCCUUCCCCAGACAAUGGACAAGUCCAUCUUUAAGAUACGAAGACGGGUUCACAAGUCACUCGAAGAUACAAAAUAACAGAAAGCGCAACAAAGAAUUUGAUUAUCUCACAGAUGCUCGGGUGGCCGUUGUGAAAAACUCGGAGACACGCACUGGUGAGGGUGAAGGACAUGGUGCAUUCAUGCGGCAGCACUCGUAUGACAGCACUUUUCAAAAUGUAACGUCUAACGUGGACAGAGAAAGACUCGAGGAUGGGGUGCACAGGGCCACGAGGCCCACUUUAAAGCAUAGUAUAAGUUCAGAACCGAACUUCAUGCGACCAAGGACUUACUUCACCUCCACAGGGGGCCAUCCCCGAAGUCGGUCGGAGGGAUCCCGGGAAGAGGAGGAGGAGGAUGCAGACGAUGGGGGGUUUCUCUCUUGGAGCCCCCGGGGCCGCAAAAUACCACGGAACAGGCCAUCGUUGCAGAGGAAAACUGGUCUCACAAAAAUCACAGAAAAUUUAGGACUGGUGCUAUCUAAUCGUAAAAAGACUUCCCAUUACAGUUCAGAGUCGGAUUUACAGGGAUAUUAUGGAUAUUUUACAGAUGAGGAUAAUAAAGAUGACGACGACGUUGACAAUGAUGAUUACGGGUUUCUUAGCUCUAGCACGGGUUCGUUUACAAACCUCACUUCUUAUUCUUCUUUAGCUAUGCAGAAGGAACGAUCCCCAAGCACCAGUAGAAGAAUUCUACCGAAGAAAUGGAGAAAACAAAAACCACCAUCCACUGCCAGCACCACGCAGAUGUGGACGGCCGAGGGCAACUGUACAUGGUGCAGUAUGAGUGGAAGAAAAGUGGUGCUGACCCCCACCAACCUUCUGUCCCUAUCGGAUAAAGAAUGGUCAGCUCUACAGAAGAUAGCGCUAGCCAAGUUACAAGGGAUGAAUCUAGGCUGUCCUAUAGCUAUACCAAAAGAUGGUUCAGGAUCACAGAAGCAGAAGAAGAAGUAUUUUGCUCUCAAGAAAAAGUCCCACACAACCCAUCUGGGUGACCUUAUUGAUAAUAUUAAGGACAAUUUUCGAGAUAAAAGUAAAGAAAAAGAAAAUAAAGAUCACCACCCAGGAGGUCUAGUAUUUGGUAUACCUCUUUCUAAGUGCAUUUCUAAUGAUCUCGCCCUGAAGAGGAGAAAGUUAUCCCUACUUCAAGAAAGACAAGAUGAUGGAUGUAAUACGCAGAGGAGGAAAUCAAGUAGUUCCUCUACCAGUUCUAGUGCAACACAAGAUGGCAGCUCUUCCCUGCUGCAACUGCCAGUUGAUCUGGCACACAGAAAGAAUGAUAGUUCAGAGUCACUUAGCAACCUGGAAGGGCGCAGAGGUUCUAGUCAGCUGAUUGAUGCACUCACACUCUCUCCGCGUACUGAAAGGCGGCCAAGUUUUACUCCUAAUUCAACUCCACAAGUGCCAUACAUUGUUAAUACUUGUUUCAAGCACAUUGAAACAUAUGGUUUACGGGUGCUGGGCAUCUUUCGAGUGGGGAGCUCAAAGAAGAGAUCUAAACAGUUAAGGGACGAGUUUGACUCUGGAAAAGAUGUUAAGCUAAAUGAAGAACACAAUCCUCAUGACGUGGCCGCUCUGCUGAAAGAAUUUUUUCGGGAUCUACCGGAACCUUUGUUAACACGAGAUUUGUAUGCUUCUUUUGUAGCUGCAAGAAGGAUAACAGACCGUCCGACUCAGUUAGAGGCCAUGAGAUGCCUAGUGUCAUUGCUGCCUAGACCAAACAGGGACACACUGCUCAGACUGGUCAAGUUCUUAUCCAAAGUUGCUCAACAUUCCACAGAUGCUGUUGAUGAAAGUGGGCAGUUGCUACCAGGGAAUAAGAUGGACUCCCUUAACUUAGCUAUCUUGUUUGGACCAAACAUUCUCCAUAAUGCUAAGAGUGGUUUAUCAGAAUUUCAAGUGGAGAGAACAGAGAGAGCGGAAGAGAGAGACGAGGUCAAUCAGGUUGUCAAGGACAUGAUAGAGAACCAUCAGGACAUAUUUGAGGUUCCUGCAGAAAUGUUGGAUGAAGUGAUGAAAUUAUUGACAGACAUGGACCCAGAGGGAGUGGACUACCUGCUGCAAAGGAAAGCUGGAGAACAGUUUAGUUUUGAGCCAGAACAAGAUACAUCUGUCAGUGUGACAGACAGCGAUACUUCGUCUCUUCCUCGACCCUCGAGAACAGACACCACAGAGUACACAACCCGCCCAAGAACUGUUCGAGAGGCCAAGGCUCUACAACAAAGCAGAAACAGAGAUGCACAAGGCAGAGACAGAAGUAGUGAAACAUAUUUACAAUCAAGUCAGACUGAUCAACUGCACCUUCCUGCUGAAUAUUCCAACAGGAGAGGCAGCAGUGCAGACUCUAGAACAGGGAGAACAGAGGGCAGUGGUGCUGCAUCUUCCAAAAGGUUACCAAUAACUCGGGGAAAAUCUGACAGUCAGAUUGCCAAACAGGUCUCUAUAAGGCCACCUAAACUGACUGUUUCCAAAGCAGACUCUCCUGAAGAUCGUAAGCGCAAGGAGAGCAGGCUAAGUUACAUGAGUACUUCCUCUGCAACAAAUAGCCCCAGCACACCAGAUAGCCUACGCUGGCUUUCAGAUUCUCCCCCUAAUAGUCCCAUUCACACCCUUGAGCCACCAAAAGAAACUUAUGGCAGAGGCUCUAGGAAGCAUAGCCAAAGCCGGAGUCGUAGUGACAGUUGCUCAAGUAAUCUUUCCACGGGCUCUUCUUCCUUACAACGCCCUCUGGCAAUGGGAACAGGACCUGGGAUGCCAGUUCCUGCACCAGGAUCUGCAGAAUGGCAAAAAGAAAGGUGGCGCCACUGGGAAAUGUUGGCUAAAGACGGAAAUGAUGAACAAGAAACACUAGUGUAGUUUUUAUCUAAGGGAGUAAUCCCUCUGGAAACUGUGAUCUGAAAGUGUUAAAAGCUGUUGUGUUGGAACGCAAAUUAAAGGCAAUACCUGUUGUAUACAUGCGCUGGUUCCAUACAGAAGUAAACCAUUUUGUUUGCCAUGUAUGCAAUGCCCAUAGGCAAAAAUGUACGAAUGUAAUGGAAUGAGUGUCAAAUAUUUUUGUUGGCAAAAAUUACAUUUUCACCGACUUGAAAAUAUUUUUUAAAGAAAGGCGAGAAGGGUGUAAGGGACUAGAGCAUCAGUAACAGUGGAAUUCCAUGAUUAUUUUUAUUAAGUCACAACUGAAGCCAACUUAAAAAAUUAUCACAAUUCACACGUUUAGAAAUUAGAUACUAGAAAGCAUUACAUAAUACUUAACGGUGGCAGAAAUGACAACACCAAAGGAUUGUAACUUUGACAGGCAGUAAACAGGUCUGCCAAAAAACAAGUUUUAAUGUUCUCAUUAAGCAAAAGAUUGCACUAAAAUUUAUUUUCAAGAAUGAUAAUGUGCAUGCAAGUUUACAGCAAUUAUUUUGUGUCAAAAUUUUGUAUUUCCAUUUUCAUUUUACUUAGACUUGUAUUGGGCACAUGUUAUGUGCAAUGCCCUAUAUGAAUUUUAAAACUGUCAGUUUAGUGGAAAAAGCAGGGAAGUUUGCACAUCAGUCUGUCACUUAAUAUGUGGUCUACGACACGACUUAAUGUUGUGAGGUCCUGUUACAGAGAUUGCAUAAUAUAGGCCUAGCAAAGCUACCUCUUUAUUACCUGAUAUAAACACCCGAUUUUUUCUCUACAACUUAGCCCAUUUCAGUGUGAAUGAAACAUUCAUGUAAUCUUUAUAAAAAAUGACUCCCUGUAAAAUUCUCAUGAUUGUGAGAUAUGCUCGCCUCAUGUAUAAUUUUUUUGUAUGCUCAUGUUAGAGCCUUUAAAAUAUAUUAAAUUUCCAAUACUGCAUAAAUUGUUUACUAUUUCUAAAUUAUGUGCAAAUUGUACAGUGGGUAAUUUUGCAGCCAAUGUGAACUUUCAAGGGAAGCUAAUAGACACAUUUUUUUUGCAAUGUACAUAUUAUUUUUUAAAAUAUCGACUUGAUACAGACUCCAUGUCACUGCAAUAAAUGCUCAUUUAAAUGUUUGAUAUUAUUCAAA